AACAAACUUGAAGCGAGUGACAGGUGGUUUGACGUUUCGCUCGUCGCCAUCGUCGCUAGCGACAAGCGCGGCCUGCCAUAUUGCGCGUAAUAUUUCGAGGCGAACGUUUGUCCGCGUCGUCGUACAACUGCGUACGACUCGAUGACAGAAUAACUUCAAAGAGCAACGAGUUUGCGAACCGUCAUCCGCACAUUCCCUGUUCACACCCCCUCGGUCACGGUCCAACGAUCACGACAAGUACCCUUCCACUACACGGUGCCGUUUCACGAGCGUGUGCAAAAUGUCGACUGGUCCAUAUAAUUAUUCUUAUAUCUUUAAAUACAUCAUUAUAGGAGAUAUGGGAGUAGGCAAGUCAUGUCUGCUUCAUCAGUUUACAGAAAAAAAAUUCAUGGCGGAUUGUCCACAUACCAUUGGCGUUGAAUUUGGGACUAGGAUUAUAGAAGUAGCAGGACAGAAAAUAAAACUGCAAAUAUGGGACACUGCUGGACAAGAACGAUUCAGAGCAGUUACUAGAUCAUAUUAUCGCGGUGCAGCUGGAGCAUUAAUGGUGUACGAUAUUACACGUCGUUCAACUUAUAAUCAUCUCAGUAGCUGGCUGACGGACACAAGAAAUUUAACAAAUCCGAGCACUGUCAUAUUCUUAAUUGGUAACAAAAGUGAUCUGGAAGGUCAACGUGAUGUUACCUACGAAGAAGCAAAGCAGUUUGCUGAUGAACAUGGUUUAAUGUUUGUUGAAGCUAGCGCAAAGACGGGACACAAUGUGGAAGAAGCCUUCUUGGAAACUGCAAAGAAAAUAUUCCAAAGUAUACAAGAUGGACGGUUGGACCUAAAUGCAGCAGAAUCUGGUGUACAACAUAAUCCGAGUCAACCAGGUCGCACCAGUCUCCAAGGAGUAUCUAAUGAACAGCAGGGUGGAAAAGACUCCUGCUCCUGUUAGGUCUUAUUAUUUGUUUGUAUAUAGAUAUAUUAAUUGAUCGGUACUAUUAAUGCAUAUAUGAUUUGUACUAAGUGUAGUUGGCAGAUUGUCUUGUAGCCUGUAUCCUCCCUUUGAUAAGAGAAGUCCACUUAAAAAAAAAGAAUGAAAUAUAAUUAAAAUGUUCUUUUUUUAAUUAGCGUCAAUUUACGAUAUUCAAUAUAAUGUUAUAAAUAUACGACACAAUGUAGAGACAUACGUUGUAAAAAUGAUUCUGAUAAUGCUACUAAUUUUUGUGAUGC